AUGGUUGCCCUGAAUUUCGCCCUGCAGCCCGAGGCCCUCGCCGUCCUGCAUGAUGCGCUGAUCUGCCUAGCCAAGUUCAGCGACGCCGUGUCCAUCGAGGCCCGCCGCGACAAACUCUCCCUCACGGCUCUCAACUCCUCCAAGUCCGCCUACGCCUCAUUCGCCUUCGAUGCCUCUAAAUUCUUCUCGUCCUACAGCUUUGCUCCUGCCGCAGCGAAUGUUGAUGGCCGCUUCACCUGCCGUAUCUACAACAAGGCGCUCCUCUCGGUCUUCAAAGGCCGCAUCCUCGACCCAAGGGGGGGAGAUACGACGGUCGAUCGGACAGAGCAGCUGGACAUCUAUGCCGAGAAUGGCCGGGUCACGUAUACAAGCUUCACCGAAAAGAUUAAAGUACUCAAGCAGCCCCUUCAGACUGCCGUCUCGCUCAGCACUGCAGACUUCGAGCACUUCGCUGCUGCUGAGCAGAUGCACGUCAUCAUCAGUGUCAAAGACUUCAAAGCCAUCGUCACGCACGCCGGUCAUCUACGCGCCUCCAUCCAUGCUUACUAUUCGCAGCCUACGCGUCCGUUGCAGUUCAGCUACAGCAAUGCUUCCAUCGGCGUUCUUUGCGAAUUUACCCUUAUGACGAUUGGAGAUCCGCAAGGCCAAGCAAAUAGCAGGAGCAGCACACCUCGCAUGAUAUCGACCCGCUCUACUACUGCUUCUAGAGCGCAGCCCACAGCCGCCCAAUCGACGCCUUCUGCCGCUAGCAGGCAGCGUACCACAGCAAUGCCUCCCCCAGCCGCGCCCGUUUCCCGAUCCUCAGCCAGGCAGCGUAGGGCGCCGCCUGGAUCGGCCACGAAACCGUCGCAGCAGGAAAGCCAGUCUCAUGAGGAUGCGAAUUCACUCUUUGUGCCACGAGACUAUGGUGACGAUGAUGCGCACUGGGACCCUGCAGGCUACGGUGAUGAUGAUGAGGAUACGCUUGGCUGGGAUGCGAGCGCAGAUCCUAAGGCUUUCAAUCCAGUAUUCCGAGACAGCGGACCGACAACGGCGGGUACGAUGGUGAGGAAUGACAUAGGUGACACUGGAUCAGAUGAGCUAGCUCCUACACAGAGGUUGUCGCAGAUUCGGGGGUUAUGGUGA